AAUCAAGAGUUGGACGCUUAACUGACUGAACCACCCAGGUGCUGAAGAACACCGAUGGCAAACUUUAAGGGCCAUGCUCUCCCAGGGAGCUUCUUCUUGAUAGUCGGACUGUGGUGGUCAGUGAAGUACCCACUGAUGUACUUUCACCAGAAGGGGAAAAGCAGCCGACUGACUCAUUACCAUCAGCGACUCGAGAUCAUUGAAGCCGCAGUCAGAACCCUGUUUUCAGUCGCUGGGAUCCUGGCCGAGCAGUUUGUUCCGGACGGGCCCCACCUCCACCUGUACCAUGAGAAUGAGUGGUGCAAGUUAAUGAACUGGCAGCACAGUACCAUGUAUUUGUUCUUCGCAGUCUCGGGAAUCACCGAUAUGCUCACCUAUCUCGUCAGCCACGUUCCCCUGGGGCUGGACAGACUGGUUAUGGCUGUGGCAGCAUUCACUGAAGGUUUUCUCUUCUACUACCACGUCCACAACCGACCACCCUUGGACCAGCACAUCCACUCGCUCCUGCUGUGCGCUGUGUUCGGAGGGGCUUUCAGCAUCUUCGUAGAGGUGGUCCUCCGGGACAAUAUUGUGCUGCAACUCUUCCGAACCAGUCUCGUUAUCCUUCAGGGCACCUGGUUCUGGCAGAUCGGGUUUGUGCUGUUCCCACCUUUUGGAGGACCCGAAUGGGACCAGAAAGAUGACGCAAACCUCAUGUUCGUCACCAUGUGCUUCUGCUGGCACUACUUGGCUGCCCUCUGCAUUGUGGCCAUCAGCUACUCGCUCGUUUUCUGCCAUUUGACUCGGUUAAAGAGGCAUGGAGGAGAAAUCAUUGGCAUUCAGAAGCUGAAGUCAGAUCACACUUACCAGACGGCCCUCUUGAGUGGCUCAGAUGAGGAAUGAGGGAGACCACCCGUCAUCAAUGUGGGGUGAACAUGCCCCUUUGAGUAUGAACAGCUAGAGUGUGCAAAGGGGAAACUCAUCUCCAUUUCAAUGCUUGCGCCAGUCUGCUCUUAAGGUUCUAUAUAUUUGCACCUUCUCACUUAACUGACUAAAGUCUCUGUUGCUAUGGUAUCCUUCAUGAAGAAAAAUGAAGCCUUUGUGUCCCAGUAUGAAGAGAAAUCAUUCAAAGACUCUGAAAGUUUCAGGACAGGAUAGGGCCUCAUGGAUGAAUCCAGGAUAUGAACCCAGCAGAAAAUACUGCUUUUGAUAACUUAUCCAUUUUUUUCUGAAGAAAACAGGUUGUUUCUUAUGAGAAAUUAAGUGAGACUUCCUUUAUUUUAAAGAUACAAUUCUAGCACAUUUUUAAGUAAAACAAUUUACAAGCUUUGGUACUUUAAAUAUUACUUGUUAAACAUUUCCUAAUUAACCAUUAAUAUUACAGAGUACUGCAAUACUACUCAUAAGUGAUGACAUUAGGUCAAAGGUGACUUUUUUUUUUAAACCAGGAAGCUAGUUAGUGGCCCAGCUAAGAGCUGGAACACUGAUGUUCUGGGUCCUCAAAAGUACCCUCAAGGGAAGAUGCUAACAGGAAGUCUGUAUAAUGAGGUAGAGAGAAAAAUGGCAGGUUAUUGAAGACCUUGAAUUUAAAUAUAGCCGAAAGCAAAGUGUAAGAAUCCUGCAAAGGGAUCUUGAAAUAGUAAUCUAAAGUCUUGACACUG